AUGCUGCACCGCACGAGGACAGCCCCGGCUUCUGCCCGGAAUCCCGAUAUGCCGACGCAAACAUUCCACAAAGCGCACUUGCGCCUGAGCAUGCCAAUGCCUGGCCCUAAUCUUGUAGAAGCAGUCGCGGGUGGCGCACACUACUCCGGCGUCGAUCCGAUGCGCGAGAAGCGCUUGUCCGCCGAAUCUCAUUCACAUCAACUUGGACUCGAGCGAGCGAAGAGUGCGCCGCCUGAGCGCCUGCCACCGAUUCUGAUGGUUCAGAGCGCGGAUGAUGUUCAUAAGGAUGUGGUCGAUAAUGUCAUCGAGCUGUACGAGGGCCGCGCAACAUUGGCCCGUCUCUCGACUUGGAUUGCACCGCAUGCAUUAUACGACGAUACUUGGGCGCGUGCCAGAGGACAAGCGGAGAUCGGCGCGAUGUUCCGUAUCGCCCGUGCCGCACCGGGUACCCGUGCUUCUGUGGUGGCGCACCGUGUACUAUCGGCUGCAACGGAGACUCAGCGAGUCGUUCUAUGGAUGCGGAUUGCGCACGUAAUAUUCGGCGUGCAUCAUACGACCGAAGCUAUUCUCGUAAUCGAGCUUGAUGGCCAGCGUCAUGCUACCAGCAUUACACAUACGGCACAUGGGCGCGCACCUUCAGCAUACUGGGGAGCGACUGCUAUUCGCCGACUGGGUGGGCGCACGGCGGCGGCAUUGAUGCCUUUUGUGUGGCUACCCGCGCCUCAUAAGACGGCUGCCACGCCCGCCUGA